AUGAUCGUUGUCGUUGCUGUUACUAAACACUGCACUUCGCCAGCCGGAAUGAAGUUGUUCAUUGAAGACGUGCCGGUGUUGUUCCCCUACGAAUACAUAUACCCUGAGCAACUGGAAUAUAUGACGGAGCUCAAGAAAGGUUUAGAUCAGGGGGGGCAUAUGGUUCUUGAGAUGCCCUCAGGAACUGGUAAAACGACUACACUGUUGUCGUUACUGAUAGCUUAUCUGCACCACCACGCGGACGAGAAGCGAAAGGUUGUCUAUUGCACCCGAACUGUCGGAGAGGUGGACAAAACUGCGAGCGAACUUCGAAAAAUUCUGGGUUUAUGGGAAACUGAGGAAGUAGGGAGCCGGCCACUGCGCGGGGUUUGCCUAACCGCAAAGAAGAACCUUUGCAUCGAACCUAGUGUUGUUUCUAGGAGACAUUUAGAUGAUGUGGAUGCCGGGUGCCGCAGCCUUACUGCGCCGUGGCAGACUGACCAGCGUUGUGUGUACUUUGACACCCUUGAAAAUCAAGGCUUUGAUCUCCGCCCGGGGGCGUAUUCCCUGAGCGACCUGAAGCGACUGGGCGAAGAGAAUCAUGUGUGCCCUUAUUACUUGGCUAGGAAGGCGCUAAAGGUUGCGGAUAUUGUGAUUCACUCGUUCCUCUACAUUGUAGACCCGAUCGUGGCCGAGGUGACGAAAGAGUAUAUGGAUGAGAAUACCAUUGUUGUGAUGGACGAGGCGCACAACGUGGAUGAUGUUUGCAUUGAGGCAAUGUCCCUUAUUGUCACAAAAGAUGAUGCGUUUCAGGCCAAAGAUAAUGUGAAGAAGCUUAAUGAGGCUGUCGAUCGUAUGAAGGCUACAAAUCGGCAAAAAUUACAGGAAGAGUAUGACAGGCUUGUGAAUGGCCUGGCGAUGGCCGAACUAGCACGCUCCGGAGAGUCCACCGCCGGCGUGUCUGUCCAAGCCCUAAACAUACCUCAAGAUAUUGCUGAGGAGGCGAUUCCAGGGAGUCUACGCCAAGCAAAUCACUUCUUGGCGUUUAUGCAGCGACUAGUUGAUUUCACUCAUCGUGUAGUGUGCCGGAUAUCCCGGACAUAUGUUGCCGAUCCACUUACCUUUUUAACAAAAGUGAAGGAGGAGUGUUCUGUAGAUGUUCGCCAUCUGAGAUACCUAACAGAGCGUCUGAAGGUGCUACUGAAUACUCUCCAGAUAACGAGCGCUCACAGUUUUCACAAUGUCUCGUUAAUUGCGCAGAUGUUCAUGACACUUUCCACCCACUAUACCGACGAUCGGUACGAGAAACCUGGGUUUGUUGUUGUAUGUGAGGCGAGUGAUCCAACAAGGCCCACCAUCCCGGACCCCGUUAUUCGUUUAGUUUGUGUGGAUGCUUCUCUAGCGUUGCGGGAAGUAUUCGCCAAAUACAGGAGUGUGAUACUAACGUCCGGUACUCUUUCUCCACUGGACAUUUAUCCGAAGAUGCUUGGUUUCUCACCUGUGAUCGCAAAGUCAUUCCAGAUGACUUUGAGUAGGAAGUGCAUUGCCCCUGUGGUGGUGACGAGGAGCAGUGAGAGUGUUAACAUUACCGCAGAAGAGGUAACAAGCAGUUUCGUCGUUCGUAAGAAUCCGGAGGCUCAGGCAACCGUAUCGGCUGCCUACGAGGACCUCUUACGCGGUCUGGCCAAAACAGUACCAGACGGUAUUGUUUGUUUCUUCACUGGUUAUCAGUACAUGAGCGAGGUGCUUCUUGGGUGGCACCGAUCCGGGUUUUUGAAGGAACUCUCGCGGCACAAACUCAUAUUUGUUGAAACGCAAUCCGUUGACGACACGGCGACAGCACUGGAAAGCUAUCGGCGGGCAUGUGAUAUCGGACGUGGGGCAAUCUUUAUGUCUAUUGCACGAGGGAAGAUUGCUGAGGGAAUUGACUUUGACAGUCACUAUGGGCGAGCGGUCGUGAUGUUUGGUGUUCCCUUUCUUCCCCCAAUCGAUGAGCCGUUGCGACAGCGGAUACACUGGAUGGAGAUUUGCUUAGGUAUCCCUGGCAGUGAGUAUCGUAAUUUCGACGCCAUGAGGCAGGCGUCACAAUGCAUUGGGCGUGUGCUGCGUAAUAAGACAGACUACGGUAUGAUGUUACUCGUUGACCGGCGAUUUGCUUUGAACGACAAACGCAAGAAAUUGCCAAUAUGGAUUCAACAGUGUCUGAAGGAGAACACAAAUCUUAGUGUCGACGCGGCGGUCGCAGUUGCCAGGGGUUUCUUCAAAGAAAUGGCCCAACCUUGGGAGUACAAACGGGACCUUGGCACCACCUUGUUUUCUGUAGAGACCCUCGCUCGUAAGGGCUUCCUUAAGCCGUCAAAAAGUUCGGUGAGUCGGAAGACUGUGGAUGAGAGCCGAGCAACCACUACAGUGCCUCCUCCGGCAGAAGAGAUCAUUCGCCCGGUGAGAGAGCCUGACUACAGAAAGCGGUCCCGAGAGUGA